UUAGUGGGAUAUUAAAUUGUCAAAACAUCACGUUGGAAAAGUACCCCAAAAAGUCCCACGAAAAAGUGAAAAUUGCAGAAAAUCCAUUACCUGAGGGACGUAAGAAGUUGUGUGGUGGGAAAAUGAGUGACCAGGAGAAGGAGAUUUUUGACAAGAUCGCCAAGAAUGAGGUGAAUGAGCUGAAAAAUUUGCUGCUGCAGCUAAAAUCGGGAGUGGAUUUUGUGGAUGAGAAUGGGAUGACACCACUCCAGCAUGCUUGCUACAAGGGUAAUAAGGAGAUGGUGCAGAUGUUCCUGGAUCGUGGAGCAGAUGUCAAUAGUAGUCAGCAUGAGUACAACUAUACAGCACUGCAUUUUGCUGCUCUAUCGGGGAAUGUGGAUGUUUGCUUGCUGCUCCUGCACGCUGAUGCUGAUGCCCAUGCGACGAACUCCGUAGGACGAACAGCUUCGCAGAUGGCGGCUUUUGUGAGCAAUCACGGGGUUGUGGCGGUGAUUAAUAACUACGUGCCAAAGGGCGAUAUUGAGUACUACACCAAAAUCCAGGGUCAGCAGACAGAACCGUAUUUACCGCCUGUCCUCCUGGAUUCCUUCCACAAAUUCGUCAUCCAGGUGAAUAUGCAUCCCGUAAAGAUUGCCCUGACACUUCAGCGCCUCGGUGGUUUUGCGGAGAAUCUCAAAACAAUCCGGAAGGUGCUGGAGAUGAUGUCGGAACGAGAAGUGCAGCGCAAGAGAGAAAUAAACGAGGUGAUGUCCUUCAAAUUCCAUUACUUGGGCUACGUUGUGAGUGAGAUCAUCAAAUGCCGGGAGUACUUCCAGGCACGCAAGGAGGCGGGAAGUGAGAUGAAGAAUGAUUUUGUUGAGCUUUUUGCAAAGAGAGUGCUCAAAGAGGGAAAACAGGGUGUCCUUGAUUACCUCGAAUGGAUGAUCCGGGAAUGCGUGCGGGACUUUCCAUUCCGUGAAUUCACAAUCUUCAAACAAAUUGUCAGUCAAUUGGCCAACAAGGACAACGAAGGUGCAGCGCUGGACGUUAUUAAAUGGGCCAUUUACGGUCAAAGGGGAUUCCAGGAUACAGUGACAUAUUGCAGCUCAUGCGGCGAAGAGAAGCCAGACAAGAAGUGUUCAAAGUGCAAGGAGGUGCAGUACUGUGAUAGGGAAUGCCAGCGACUUCACUGGUUCAUGCACAAGAAGACCUGCACGCGUCCCGAGGCCACCAAUUCCUCAGGCACCACCCCAGCUAAAAAAGAUCUCGAUGUUGAGCACAUCAGUAGUGAAUUGCAGAACUUAGUCAGCAACUAAAUUACCUUAAAAAUCUCUCCCAAGGUUUUCUUCUUUUUUUUGCAUCCUGCGUGUGUAACUCCUAUUACACCCUUUGACUCCCAUUCCCCAAUUACUAGCCAGUUUUCACUGCAUUAUUGAGAUGGAGAUGAGGGAAAAAGAAUUUAUUAUGAAAAAAAGGAAGUAUAAUAAUUUGUAAAGUUGAAAUAUUUGUGAAAAUUGCAAGAAGAAAUUUGUGUAAAAGAAUAAAUUUCUAACAAUUUUAAAUGUAAAA